UGUACUUUUUUAUAAUUUAACAUGUUAGGUUGUAUUUUUAAUGACCCACACAUUUAUCCGACACAUUAGAGGAAUGAUAAUGAUUUGUUCCGAGCUUUAAGUGCAGUUCCUGAACGCCGCGUUACUUCUCAGCCGGUGUUGUGUUUUUACGCCCCUCGGUUUCCAUGCUUGAGCGACGAAAGACACCGUGUUCAGAAAUUUCUUGUCUCCAGAGUGCAGUGGACCCUAUGUGCUCUCCAAUUCAAAGAACAGUCACAUUCUUCUGUUUUGUGAGUCAAAAUUAGAAGAAUCAUGACCUUAACCCGAGGAUCUUUCACAUAUGCCAGUGGGGAAGAGUAUCAUGGAGAAUGGAAGGAAGGUCGGAGGCACGGUCUCGGUCAGCUCAAGUUUCAAGAUGGAACUUGUUACUCUGGCCAGUUUGAGAACGGACUUUUUCAUGGCUCGGGCGUUCUGCUUUUCACAGAUGGAUCUAGGUAUGAAGGAGAGUUUUUAAAUGGGCAGUUUCAAGGCACAGGAGUCUUCAGUCGAUAUGAUGGCAUGAAAUUUGAAGGCGAAUUCAAAGACGGGCGUGUCGAGGGAUAUGGACUGUUGACAUUUCCGGAUGGAUCUCACGGUGUUCCCAGAAAUGAGGGCCUGUUCCAAAAUCACAAGCUGCAGAAGAGGGAAAAGUGUCCUGCAGUGGUACAGCGUGCACAAGCCUCUGCCUCUACCGCACAUAGCCUGGCGUUUUGAAAGCCCCAGACAAUGAAGGAAAGAGACACAAGCAGAGUUUUGACAUCAUUCAGCGGGACCUCAGGGAUGUAUGCCACAUUCGUAUCUCUGUUUCCCACCGUCCUUUUCUCCCUUCAUCCUUAUUGAAUCUCCUGCAAGCGACCUGGAAUGCUAAAAAACAUUCAACCAAAUGUGUUUUUUUUUUUUUGGCUGACUUUAGAUGAACCUGUGAAGGUAAAAGUUUACCUUUAACCCGGCUGGUCAUGAAAGCAGUUUUUUUAUUGAUUGUAUUCUAAAGAAGUGUCUUAGAAUUUUUAAGUGAUAGCCUUCAUUUUUUAAAAAUCAGACAACUGGGACCUCUUUUUACAGUUCUUCUACAGCACUGGUCCUUAAAUGACUGCAUUACUGGAGUCUGGUAGAGUUGAAGCACAGGACAUCUACGGAUAAAUGAGUGCAGUAGUCUUCUGGAAGAGGAGGAGUAAGACUUUACUCUGAGCUCCUCCACAUGUUUAAGUGUCCUUGGGAAAAAUGAGUGUUCGUUUGUUAGGGUUGAUCCAUAUCUAAAAUAUAAAAAUUAAAAUGAGAUUUUUUUCAUUUGUAUAUAGAUACUGCUGUGAAUUGCUUUUUAGAACUUUUGCACAAAUUUAAAACCAUGAUGUACCGUAUUUUUCGGACUAUAAGUCGCACCGGAGUAUAAGUCGCAGGGGCCAAAAAAUGCAUAAUGAAGAAGAAAAAACCAUACAUAAGUCGCACUGGAGUAUAAGUCGCAUUU